ACGCACAAACGACCUGUAACAGACGGAUUCAAAAUGUUAACGCAUUCAACAGAUCAAGCAGCAACAGACCUUCUCGAGAAAGUGCUCGUUUAUAGGCCAUCAGAGCGUCUCCAUGGCCCAUCGUUCCUUGCAGAUCCAUACUUUGAUGACCUCUUCAAUGUGGAAACAAUGCGUAAUGGCAAAAUGCUUGAUACUAUUACACAAAAGGACAGGGAGGAUGCGCUCAAUGGUGACAGAUUAGACAGUGAUAGUGGUUCAGUGCAAUUAUCAGAUUCAUUUAAUAACACGUAA